AUGUCAUUCUGGGAGGAAGAAGAGACACUGACGAGAAAACUACGCACGUAUUCAGUUAAAAAUGUAAAGAUCACCGAAGCAGAUAUGGUUCGGGCUAAAAAGUUGAUAAAGGACUGCAUUGAAGAUCGGGUCAUGAAGUACUGUCAACAGCAUUCGCCUCUUCCAAUCUUGAGGCUGGAAUACACAGGCAGCGUGUAUGAGGGCCUGAAAACUGAGGCCGCAGAUGAAGCAGAUAUUAUGGUUGUGCUGAAGACAGCAAGGCAGGAAGUUGCGCCAGAAAACACAGAGAUUCCUGGUUAUGCGCGUCUUAAGGCCAGGGACAACUCUAAACUCCGCCAUUAUGCAAGUUCUGCAGGAUAUAUUUUCCCAGAGCGACUUCGAAACGGCUGGUUUAAUAGUCUUGUAGCCCGAGCAGUGGAUGAUUUUAAUAACUCAUCAACUUCUGACGUCCAUUUGGGUGUGCGUUACCAUGGACCUGCCACCCAGAUCGACAUUAGAGAAAAGACAACCAACGAGAUUCUGCUGUCAACUGAUCUCGUUCCAUGUUUUCAAACUGGUCCUGAUGAUUAUUUUGUACCUAAGUCUUAUACCUUUAAAGGGUUUUCGCAUCCAGAGCUUCUCUGGAGACAGUCAUUUUCGCUAAAAGAAAAAGCAAUACUGCAGCACAUGGAUUUCGAUCAAGGAUGCAGGCACGAACUUCUCAGAGUUGUGAAAACCAUCGUCAACAAGGAGGAAAGGUCUUCCCUUAGACUUUUGCGAUCAUACCAUUUAAAAACUGCGUUCAUGCACUACAUAAAAGAGAAUCCGGCCAACUGGGAUAACAACUCUCUGGGAAGACACUUUUAUGGCUUUCUCCAACGUUUGAAAAUUUCUCUCGCAGUGAAAAAUCUCCCUCACUACUGGUUACCUAGAGUAAACCUCCUGGAAGAGGAUUUCAGUCCUGUCGUAAUUCACCAGAUGGAAAAUCGUUUGGAAAAUAUUCUUACUAGCAAGGACAAAUUAAAUCAAAUUCUUGGCUGCAAAAUGCCGCAAACCGAGACGCAAAUACAAAAAAGGAGGAACCCAAAUGUUUUGAACGAGCCCUCGCCGCCAGCUCACUUUUCUGGCAGGUCUCGUUUUGUUGUGCCUCGGGACUCAUAUUCCCGCAGAAAUGCCCAGCAAUGGACAAGCGCUUCUCGCACUGAUAGGUCGCAAAAUGCAGAAGUAAAACUCAGAACCCGUUUUCAUUUAUUGCGUCGGGGUUAA